UCCCUCUUAUUAUGGGAUUGCUCUGAGAGCCCAAGGCUCAUUAUGCAAAGAGCAUCGUUAUUAGAUGGGUGCACUAUUUUUCACCCUCCCGGAAGAUGACCUUUAGCAUAGGGAGGAAGGUCAGGAAGCGAGCUUCGAUAUAAUGUCGCGAGGAGAGGGGAGUUGACGUAGGAAAAAAGCUCACGCAUCCACGCCCCCCAAGUGCGCGGGCCUCACAGGAGGCAGAGCUCAGAGCUUUAGAACAGGAGAAGGCGCGGAGAGUUCGGGGCGUGGUGGGCUGCCUCAGGGUUAUCUAUGGGAGACCAGCUUUCCUGGGGACAUGUCAGCGGCGGCCUGGCCCGUGCGCACCGAGAGCAGGAAGCCGUGAGCCAGGCGGGCAGUGGAAAUGGCAGCGGGUCGACUCCCGGGCAGUCUCCAGGCCGCCCGGCGCGCCGGCGCCCCCAGGAUUCCGGCUCUCUGCCGGUUCCCCGGGAGUCGCCAUGGCAACGGACGCCGGAUCCUGGACUCGGCGGGAGGCGCCCGGCCCAGCUGCCACCUCCGCGACUCCGAUGGAGAGCCGUGCCGACACGCCCGAGACCGAGGAGUGCUGGAAGAUCAUCGAGAACCUCGAGUCCACUAUUGAGCAAUUCCGGUUCAGCCCCAGAUUUAACAUUUCAGAUGAUUUGAAGGUUGGCUUUUUCAGCACAGACCAUGCUACUCAAACGGAUUCCAGUGAGAUUUUGCCAUUAAAAGAGUUGAGUUCAUCUACACAAAAGCUAGUGCAGAUUAUUAAAUCUCUUCAGGUGGAUUUUGGGUUCCUCAAACAAUUGAUUCAACUGAAGUUUGAGGACCGUCUUAAAGAGGAGUCUUGCAGACUCUUCACUUCUCUACACGACAGGAUCCUGACAAUCGAAAAACGUUAUCAACAGAAUGAGGAUACCUUAAGAAAAUGCUACAAUCAGCAGCUGGCCGAUGCCAUAGCUACUAUCAAAGGAAUGUACCAGCGGUUCUUUGAGGUGGAAGAAAAGACACCUGUGCGUGACACAAUGACUGUCAAAAUGAAUAUUUUGUUUAAAAAACUGAAGGAGAAAGAAGAACUCAUUAAGGAAUUAAGAGAAGAACUGGACCAAUAUGAAGAAUUUGGAUCUCAAAAAGUUGACUCUUUUAUCAAAGACGGCAGCCCUCUAAGAACAGCUCUGGAAAAGGAAACUUUGGAGUACAGAGUGGAAAAUGAGAGACUGCUUCAAGUCAUUUCAGAACUCCAAGAAGAAAUCCAACUCAAUCGAAAAGAAAAUUCAGUAUUAGAAGAUGAAAUUAUAAGUCUGAAAGAGAUGGCAGAAAAGGAUCAUAAAACCAUUCAGAAGCUAAUCAAUGGCAGAGACAAAUUAAUAUGUGAGCUUGAUUUUGAAAAAUCAGUAGUGCAAGAAAUGGUUAAUAAACAGAAAGAGGACCUUGAAAUGAGAAGAAAGUUUGACGCCAUACUCUCCAAGAGCCCCAGAGCCAUCAAGGGGAAAGAAACCACCUCGUCCCCGUCCCCGUGGCCCUCACAGCCCGGGAGUGCAGGCGCCCCGAGGCCACAUUCUUCCUCCGCCGAUUCAUUGCUUCCUAAGGCCAAGAGAGUCAAGAGUCCAAAGAAGGUUUCAAAGGAAGAGCCGCCUACGGUUAGACAUGGAAUACCUGCUGCGAUGCAUGGAGAAAAAGCGAGACUAUCAGUGGCUAAGAUUGAAGAAGAGAAACGCGGUUUGGAAGAGCAAAUAGAAAUGUUAAAGGCUGAGUUAGAGGAAGAGAGAAAGAAGUCGGAGAGGGUUAAGAAGGAAUCAGAUCAGAUCAACAAAAACUGGGAAAAGAAAUUCUUAAUUCUCAGGAACAGCUUUCAUGUGCUUAAGAAUGAGAUGUUCACUCGGCACACAUUGUUCCGUCAGUUUUCAGUGCUGACUAACACGUCCUUCAAUUAUGUUAAAGUUAAACCUUUAUUUGUGCAAUCCAAAGUGAAAUUGAUAACAGCGUCGACAGCUUCUGCAAAUGUUUAUCAUGCAUCUUCGGUAGGGAGAUUAUUUUUUCCCUAUUUAACAUUCAAUCAGUCAGUAUUAUUCAGCCUCAGUAAUGAAACGGUUUGGUUUACCUACAGACAGACAACAGGUAUGUCGACCUAGACAGGGAUCACAUAUCUCUCCUUCCUUCACCAAGAGGUAAGUAAGAAUCCUUAUUGUUGGAGAAAUGGUUCACGCAGGAUGGGUAAUUAAGAUUAAUAAUGCUUUUCUUUGUUGUCCUGAGAUGUUUGGUUUCUGGGUGAAUGCAUAACUUUUUUCAGCCAAUUUAUUAAAUUAAUAGAUACGAUAAAUAAAAGAAUGUUAAUAUGUAUUUCUGAAUAUUGAUCUCUGCUAACUGAAAAUGAAUUGAGUCAUACUUCAAAACCAGGAACUGUCUCAGUUGGAAUCCUGUUUCUUUUUAAUUAAACUGCCAACAAACCUGAAGCUCCUGUUAAAUGCCUGUUUUUCCAAUUUAAUACUUAGAAGAAAAGGACAACUAUUUAUAGUAUCCUUUAUCUCCCAUCAGUCCUCGUGCGGCCUCAAAUUUGACUGUUUUGGAGGUGGAAGUACAUUUUGUCCACACGUUUCUGUAAGUCUUUA